GGGGUUCCCCUGUGCCACGCAGCAAGUGAUCGCCCUACUGCCCUGGAAACCUUCGUGGGCCUACUCAUGCUAGCCAGAUCGAGUGAUUGUUUUACCUUCACUCCAUGCGAACAAGGCGCAGUCAUCGCUGGUCGCUACGGCUGAAAUGCAGUAAUUUUGCAAGGGAGUUCGAUAUAACUUCACCGAAAAUGACCGAGCUGAACUCCGCCUCCUCAUCGUUUAGAUUGUCGUCGAACAUCCAUCCCGGUCUUCUUGCUGUGCCUCUCGGAAUAGUUGGUUUUCGUACUUCUGCGCCAAGCCUUGGCGUCAGCCAUCUCCCUGCGACUUGAAAUCAGUUUAGGUUAGUUAGAGACCGCGAGGACAUGGUGGGAACUCAUCAACAUGUAUGUUAUUUUCGAACAUCAACAUGAUCUUUUCAUUCUGCG